AUGGCACAGAUCAUAAACUGCGGGGGAUGUUCGAUUCGGCAAGACAUAGACAGAAUAAAGCGGUGGCUAGGGCAGGAUCAUCAGACUUUCCUUAAUUGGCUCGCGAGUCGUUACAACGAGAAGUUCCCAAAUGGGCCUGCAAAUGCAAAAGACCAAGAAAAGUUUCUAAAAAACAAAGUGGAAAACUUUGAGAAGGAAAAAGAUCUGUAUCUCGCACUGGACUAUGAGCAAAGGGAAAUGUUGGCGGCCGCCGCACUACGAGUCAACUUGGCCGGAGUGGUUGCGCACACCUGCGGAAGAGCUAAUUGA